GCCCCUCGGCAGAGACACAGCCCCUCGGCAGAGACACAGCUCAGACACAGCCCCUCGGUGGAGACACAGCUCAGACACAGCCCCUCGGCGGAGAGACACAGCCCCUCGGCGGAGAGACACAGCCAGAAGCAGCCCUGCAGAUCUACACCGCGUCCCCACCGAUACGCUCACAGCCAACAUGUCGGACAAGCCCAACCUGACGGAAAUCGAAAGCUUUGACAAGACUAAGCUGAAGAAGACAGAGACCAAGGAGAAGAACCCCUUACCCACCAAAGAAACCAUUGAACAGGAGAGGAAAGAAGAGUCUGCCACUUGAGAGAAAUAACCAGCGACAUCCUUCAGAUGGGCUGUGACCUGAUUCCUCUUGGGAGCAGGGUGUAAAUGAACAAGUUCUGUAACCCGGGUUUUAUGCUUAAUUUAGUGUCUCCAGAUGUCCGAUUUUGGGUCACAAUUGUCCACUUUCCAGAUUGUCCAACCAGACAAUCGCCUGUAAAUGUCCAGAAUGAAUGCUUGAUUGUAAUUUGACCGCACCAAGAAUUCCAUCUUCUAUCUCCACUGUUACACUACUCUUCUCCCUUCUCCUUGACCCCUGAACCAACCGACCCCCUGCCUCACUACCAAGCUUCAAGCUGCCCAACACUACCUAUGUAGCCUAGUGGCUAAGGUAUACAUGACUGGGACCCAGAAGGUUGGUGGUUUAAGCCCUGGUGUAACCAUGAUAAGAUCCACACAGCUGUUGGCUGUUGGGCUCUUCAGCAAGGCCCUAAACAUUGCUCCAGGGGAGAACAGUCCUCUGCUUAGUCUAAACAACAAUAAGUCACUAAAUAAUAAAUUACUCUUAUGUGUAUAUGUGACGGGCCGGUUUCUUGGACACAGGCUUCUCUUAGUCCUGGAGUAAACUCAGAAAAGAAUUGAAUCUAGGACUAGGCAUGAUCUGUGUCUGUGAAACAGGCUCUGAAUCUGGCCAUCUGAGUGUGAAUGGAGGAGGCAGUGGAAAGGGAUUCUGCUUUUCGGUAGACUAAAUCCCCUCCUAAUAAACCUCAGAAUAAUGUAUAAUUACUUGUGCUGUUUACUUUUGGUGUUAUUGUAUGAAUAAAGACACUGUUGGGAAAGAGAGUUUCUCUGGGAGUUUUCUGGUGGUGGAUGGUGUGUGUAGGGAGUAGGGAUCUUCCUUCCCUUGUCUGCUCAAAUACGCCCGCAUUGUCAAAACUUCAGUGUGGCUGCUGUCCCACAAUGCAAUGUCCAGGUAAAUAAAACAAAAAUGAACAAA